AUGGUGGAAUCACUUGCAGGGGCAACCCUUUUGGUGCACCCACCAGUAUAUGGACGAUAUUACGGUAAGGCUGUCUGCAGCAAAAGGAAGCCUGUUGACAUUUGCAGGCUCCCUUCUACUGAAUUUAUUGGUAGAAAGAUUGUUUUUUCCAUUUCUGUGCCACAACCGAGAGUUGCUCGGUUACUUGUUCCAUCAGUUAAGUCACAAGCAAUGGAAUUGACAAAAGAAGUGUAUUCGUAUAAAGAAAAGGAGCGAAUACCUCGAAAUAUUGAAUACCAGAUUGAUACCGGUUUUGAUCGAAAACCAGGAUUGUGGCCACCAGAGAACAAGGCUGACAACCCAUCACUGCAAAAUCCAUUGCUUCGACAAGAAAGGAUGGGUUGUGGAUGGUUAGGUGCUAUAUUUGAAUGGGAAGGAGUUGUAAUUGAAGAUAAUCCCGAUCUUGAGAAGCAGGCCUGGUUGGCUCUUGCCCAGGAAGAAGGAAAAUCACCCCCUCCAGCUUUCAUCCUUCGAAGAAUAGAAGGAAUGAAGAACGAGCAAGCCAUUUCCGAAGUGCUAUGCUGGUCGAGAGACCCAGCUCAGAUGAGGAGAAUGGCCUCUAGAAAGGAGGAGAUUCACCAGGCCUUGCAGGGUGGGAUUUAUAGAUUUCGAUCUGGUUCUCAAGAGUUUGUGAAUGUGCUGAUGCAUUACAAGAUACCAAUGGCCUUAGUGUCUACUCGGCCAAGGAAGAUUCUCGAGACUGCUAUGGGUGCCAUUGGGAUCGAAGGGGUCUUCAAUGUAAUUGUAGCCGCAGAGGAUGUUCACAGAGGGAAGCCUGAUCCUGAAAUGUUUGUAUAUGCAGCACAGCUUCUACAAUUCACACCUGAGCGAUGUAUUGUCUUUGGAAACUCAAAUCAAACAGUGGAGGCUGCCCAUGAUGGACGAAUGAAGUGUGUGGCAGUUGCUAGCAAGCAUCCAGUCUAUGAACUUGGGGCUGCUGACUUGGUAGUGAGGCACCUAGACGAGCUUUCGGUCGUUGACUUGAAGAACCUUGCUGAUAUUGAAUCAGGUGAAUUUGGGUCUGGCGAGCCAGAGUUGGAGACGGAGGUAGAAGACGACUAUGACUCGCACUCAUCUUCGAUGGUGGCUGUGGAUGAUAUUUUCUGGUAA